UGGGCACAGGUGGGUGGCACUGGUGGGCACAGGUGGGUGGCACUGCUGUGCACAGGUAGGUGGCACUUCUGGACACAGGUGGGUGCACUGCUGGGCACAGGUGGGUGCACUGCUGGGCACAGGUGGGCGGAGCUAGUGGGCGCACUGCUGGGCACAGGUGGGCGGAAAUUGCGGGUGGCACUGCUGGGCACCGAUCAUCAGGGCACUGAUCAUCAGUGCCCUGAUGAUCGGUGCCGAUCCCUGCUCUGACAACUGCCGGUUCUCGGCAGUACUUUCCUCACGAUCUGACAGCGUGAGGAAAGUGCAGCCGAGAACCGGCACUUGCAU